AUGCUCUAUUUGAAAUUGAUUCUACUUUUCACAUUAUUUCCUGUCUAUCUCUGCAAAUUAGAUUCCCCAAACACUUUUCAAAAAAGUGCAAGCGAUAUUCCACACGAUGAUCACAAAGAAGGAAUUUUGGAUAAAAGAAAAAUUUAUAUCGAGCUAUUCAAACAGAAAAGAGUCGAACAGAAAUUGGCACUGAAACGAUUGAUCUCAAUGGAGCUACCGAAAAGGAUAAAGCUAUUGGAGGCAUCUCUGCCGGCGAUUCAAAAAGUUUUCGCUGAAUCACGUCGAGAAAUCGAUACGGUCACGCCGACAAUCACAAACAAUAAUUGGUUCGAAAGUGAGAAAUUGAAAGAGAAAAUCAGUCAGGUAUUCGAGAAUUUGGCUCUGUUCUCCGAUUUUGUUGCACAUUUUCCGACUAUUUGCAAGGGGAUUCUCUUGAAAGAACCAAUGAUAAAAGUGGAAUCAGAAUGGGCGUUAAAGUUCACCAAAUCGAUGAAUGUUCUUGAUGAAGAAACGUUGCAAAUUGUUGAUGUAAUGGCUCAGGAACUUGACUUCGUUGCUAAGGCCACAGAUUUUAGAAAUCCUUUCGAUGAGACAAUAAAACAAAACGGUAACUUGACAAAGACGUUGUUUUGUACGAAAAUU